AUGCCGGCUCAGAAACCGAUGCCCGCAUAUCAGCGUCGAGCUGCAAAAUCGCCCCUUCAAUUCAAUGCAAAUGGCACAUUCCAAAUAUCUGUGUUCAGCGACUUACAUUUUGCGGAAGACGAAGCAAAGGACAACAAGACGCAAAAUGUUAUGAGCAACAUCCUCUCUAUCGAAGAGCCGCAGCUAGUUGUACUGAACGGUGACCUCAUCUCCGGCGAGGCAACACAAGCCUCAAAUUCCAGUGCCUACCUGGACCGGGUCGUUGCACCGCUGGUUGACCGCAGUUUACUUUGGGCCUCAACUUAUGGCAACCAUGACAGUGAGAUCAAUCUGGAUCCAGAAGACAUCUUUCGCCGAGAAAAGGAUUAUACGAACAGCUUAACCCAGAAAAUGGUGUCUGGACCUACCGCCGGUAUCACCAAUUAUUACUUGCCAAUCUUCGAACAUGGUGCUUCCAACAACACAGAUCCAGCGUUUAUCCUCUGGUUCCUGGAUAGCCAAGGUGGCCAUUAUCCGAAAACAGCGGAUUACAAUGGAACUUCUGUGCCAAGACAGGACUGGGUGGAUGAAUCGGUCGUUGAAUGGUUCACAAAGACCAACACAAAGUUGGUAUCCACAUAUGGCAAGCCCAUUCCAUCCUUGGCGUUUGUUCAUAUUCCAGUAUUUCCAAUGCGUGCAUUCCAGGUCACAGGUGUUAGUCCAACCAGCGAACCAGGAAUCAAUAACGAGCGAGUUCAGCAGCAGGGCUACGCCAGCCAAGGCGGAUAUGACGCACAAGACUACCCAUUGAUACGGGCAAUUCUGAAUACCACAGGACUCGUGGCCACCUUCAGUGGCCAUGAUCACGAUAAUGACUGGUGCUUCAAAUGGGAUAGCCAAUUACCCGAGCUCAACUUCACAGGAAAUGGAGUCAAUAUGUGCUACGGUCGACACACUGGGUAUGGAGGAUAUGGCGAUUGGGCGCGUGGUGGAAGGCAGAUCUUGUUGGAUCAGCAAUCACUCGAAAGUGACAUGCGGAGUUGGGUUCGGCUUGAAGAUGGGUCCAUCUCGGGUAACGUCCACCUUAAUGCGACAUAUGGCAGGGACCGGUAUCGAUUGGUGGAUCGCAACACCACAAGUGGACAAGAAGGCCUUGGCCCUCAAUACUUGAACCUUGUUUAUCUAUGGGUUUUUAUGUUCUCUUUGUUCAUGUCAACCGUCAGGUCAUAG